AUGGACUACUCGCGGUACAGCAUCUCCAAUAACUGGAGCGCUGUGGAGUUCGCCGUCAACAAUCCAGUGGACAUCGUGGUGAUGGUUUUUUACUUCCUGUUGGUCCUGAGCAUCGGGCUGUGGGCGAUACUGUCAAGCAGCCGCGGGACUGUAGAAGACUUCUUCCUGGCUGGCCGAAAUCUAGCAUGGUGGCUGAUAGGUACUUCUCUUUUUUCCUCAAGUACUGGCACUGCCAACUUCAUGAACCUGGCUGGAACAGGAGCAGCGUCAGGGAUUGCUAUUGGGGCCUUCGAGUGGAAUGCUCCAUUUCUGCUCUGUGUUCUUGGUUGGAUAUUUUCUCCUAUUUUCAUUAAGGCUGAGGUGGUGACAAUGCCAGAAUAUUUGAGGAAGAGGUUUGGUGGCUACCGGAUCCAGUUCCUCCUUGCUAUUCUGUACUUACUCCUAUACAUCUUCUAUAAUAUUUCAGUGGAGAUCUGCACUGGUGCCAUGUUCGCGAGGCUGUUUUUGGGGUUGGAUGUUUACCUGGCCACCAUAGUCUUGCUGACAGUGACUGGCAUUUAUAUUAUCACAGGUGGCAUUGUAGCUGUGGUUUAUACUGCUACCUUACAUGCUGGCGUUAUUAUUCUGGGAUCAGUCUUGCUAAUGGGCUUUGCCUUUAAGGAAGUGGGAGGAUACCAGGAGCUACUACAUAAAUAUUUAAAUGCUAAGCCAAGCAUAAUCCAUGAAGGAAACUGGACUGCCAAGCCAGAAUGCUACCUCCCUCGCCGGGAUGCUUUUCAUAUCUUCCGAGAUCCCAUCACCGGAGACCUCCCCUGGCCUGGAAUCGUCUUUGGCAUCUCCAUCAUCUCCUUGUACUACUGGUGCACUGAUCAGAUUUUUGUCCAGAGGUGCCUGGCAGGGAGGAGCAUGUCUCACGUGAAGGGUGGCUGUGUCCUUUGUGGGUACCUGAAACUGCUGCCCAUGUUCAGUUUAGUGAUGCCUGGAAUGAUCAGCCGCGUUCUAUACCCAGACAAAGUAGCAUGUGUCACCCCUUCUGAAUGUGAAAAGCAUUGUGGCAUCAGAACUUCCUGCACCCCCAUCGCCUACUCAGUGCUGAUAGUAGGGCUGCUGCCCAAAGGUGCCCGAGGCUUGAUGCUGUCCGCACUAUGGGCUUCUCUCUUGUCCACCCUGACUUCUAUUCUCAACAGCGCCAGCACCCUCUUCACAGUGGACAUCUACACCCAGAUACGGCCUAUGGCCACUGAAAAGGAACUCAUGGUAACAGGAAGGUUUUUUGUUAUCAUCUUACUUGUUGUCACCAUCAUCUGGGUCCCUGUUAUUCAAAUGGCAUACAUUGAACAACUGUUUGAUUACAUGCAGUCAGUUAAGAGUUACCUGGUGCCACCCAUUGCUGCCAUCUUCCUGCUUGCCAUAUUUUGCAAGAGAGUCACCGAGCAGGGUGCCUUCUGGGGGCUGACUGGCGGACUCCUGAUUGGCAUCGUUCGAAUGGUGUCUGAGUUUGCCUACGGACCCCGGACCUGCUCAGAAAACAACAAGUGCCCUCCGAUCAUCUGUGGCGUGCACCACCUCUAUUUUGCCAUACUCCUCUUUGCAGUCAGUCUCUUCACCAUCCUGGGGAUCUCCUUAUUCACAGACCCGAUUCCCGAUAAACACCUCCACAGGCUCUGUUGGAGUUUACGAAAUAGCCAAGAGGAAAGGGUAGAUCUGGACGCAGACGUACAAGGGAAGAGAACUGCACUACGAGCAAAACCAGGUGUAUUGAAGGAGACCCAGGGCUGCUUCUGGAAGGCCUUGGAUGUGUUCUGUGGCCUGGAGCCAAAGCCAUGCUCCAAACUGACCCCAGAAGAGGAAACCACAGAGAAGAUGAAGGAGCAUGGUGCCACAUCUGACAGGACAGACCACCGUGACAAGUUGGAGUCACCAUUCUGGAGAAAAGUUGCCAAUGUCAGUGGGUUCCUCUUGCUGCUGAUCACAGUCCUGUGCCACAUCCUCUACCACUAA